AUCGAAUCUCGCAAACGCGCCGACUCGAAUGUGUCGUCGUCGUCCAGUCAGCUGCUUUCUGUUCCGGAAUUGACGAACAAGAGGAGCGACGAAUCGUUGAAGGGAGUCGCUCGGAAAGUUAUCAAGAAUGGGGACCUCAAGUCUCGAUUAGACCACGCCGAAUCGAAAACCGCUACUUCAACGCCAAUUCGAAAUCAUGUCCAGGAUGAGCCCCGAAGGGAGUCGCCAGCUAAGACGGCGAAAAGCCUUAUCGUCAAGCUGAGGUAUGGGAGGAAGAACAGGAACCAGGCCGAGGGAGUUCUCAAACUACCAUCUGCUAGACAGAAGAAAGAACGACAGGCUGAACGGGAGAAAGAACGGCAGGUUGAGAAAGAGAAAGACCGUCAGGUUGAAAGGGAAGAGUUGAUGAGGAUGAAGAAGGCUAAGCUGAAGCAAGAGGAAAGAAACAGGGCCGAAGUCAAGGCAAAGCAAGAUGCUGCGAAAGAGAAGGUUUUCAAGAGCGCACUAUCCACACCAGCCAUCAAGAAAGCAUCUACUACCGUGCCCGACUUCUCGACAAUGGCAAGGUCCGCAAAGCGCCCACGCGAGAUCGACGAUACAUCCACUGCCCCCUCCAAACGCGUGAAGGCACCGACAGAACUCGAGGUCGACAAGGGACCUAGCACGCCUUCCGACCAAGCCAUCCCUUCUCCAGCCUUGACCGCUGCAUCAAGUGCCCAGAAGUCAAGUAGUCAGCUCAUUACCCCCCGCAAAGAUCUGAGAGCACUGAACAUGGUUCGAGCUGCUUCGUCACCGGGUAACGAUGUCACUCCUGGCCACGGCUCCACUCCGACAACUUUAUCGAAAUCGUCUGAUGGGAAGACAUCAGUACUUGCUUCGCAGAAAAAUGAGAGAUUGCGCCGGAGUGUACAAGGUUGGCUGGAGUGCCAGAACAAAGCAAUCGACAUGGGUCGCAACAUGAAGCACGAUGCUACGAGAAUCGAGGACGAGGCGAAGGGUCUGAACCAGGGCGUAAAGGAUGCCACAGCAAUGCGCAUUGCGGUGAUGAGCAUUGACUGUAUCCUUGCCUUCAUGAUUUCCUUCCACGCCGCAGACGCCAGCCACCACGUGCAAGGUCGUAUCCCAACAAUCGAUAACACAUGGCGUACCCUUUUAACGCUCGCUCACUCCUUCAAACCUCGCACUGUCCUCUACCCGGAUCUUGAAGGCCUUCGUGUUACUCUGGCCUCUAUCAUUGCUACCCGCAUCGCCAACCAGCCGCGCCCCAGUAGCGUGCCAACUUCAGGUGCCCCGAAAGCACUUCAUGACUUGAGCAAGGACAUCAACAGCUUCAUGCACCUGUCUGCCGACGCCGCUGCUGCGCUUCCUCUCGACACAAUCAUCAACAAGUAUCCCCAGACCUGGGAGCUGCGAUCCCGUGCCACGCCUCAGGGCUUCCAGCAGAAGGAAUUCGGCUACCACGGCGAGCUCACCGGCCCGUUCUGGCUGCCUGUCAGCCCUUCUACCUUCCCAAUCCACGGUGUCAGGUUCGGCAUCGCAUUCAUGAAUGAGUUCAUGGAGCAUGAGGGGACCGACUAUGGCGCUCUGAAAGUGCAGACUCUACUCGAUGGGAAGUCUGGCGAAUCUAAACUCUGAGCUCUGCCAUAACCUGUCUUCUUCUUCUUGUCCUAGCUUUUCCUACUAUCAGUGCUAUUACACGAUACGAUUUGUGCUUUUUGGCGUUUGAUUCACGGACAAUGGACGGGCCCGGCGAUCGGUUUCUCCUCUACCGGCUUGGAUUCCGGGAAUCCAGGAAUGAAUGGAUGUAUUCACGGGUGUGAUAUGGUUCAGAUACCCCCCCUACCGCGCAUACUGCGGAAAUAUGCGCAUAGGCAUCCGGCAUUGCACGGCACUGCAUUGCAUAGCAUAGCGUAUAGGCCCCACUGGGCUUGAUGAUUGCGAAGUCGAGGAAUAGAUCGGAUAUUCACUACGAUACCCCUCU